AUGUCAAAACGUCACGAAAUAGCAGUUACAUUAGUUUCAAGUGGAACAAUUGUACCUUAUUUACAUUAUAAGCCGGUAGCUCGAAAUUGGUGGUUUAUUCCAUCAACAGAAAUAGUAAAAGGUAGCAUAGAGACUCAAAUGAUGUAUCCAAUACGUGUUGGAAUGAAAACUCAA